ACGAUUGGUGCAAAUGACCGCUUUCGCCGAGGAUGUCUUAUUGGUACGCGAAGGCAAGGAGCUUUCUAAUCGCAGUUCACUUUUUGAUUUAACGCCUGUGAUCGAUGAUGAAGGAAUUCUACGAGUGGGUGGCCGCAUAGACCAUGCUGAAUCCUUGCCAAUGUAUACUAGGAGACCAAUUAUCAUGCCACGGGAUCAUCCGAUGUCACGCCUCAUAACACGUCACUACCAUGAAAUGUACUAUCAUCAGAAUCAAGAAUCCAUCAUCUGCGCUAUCCGAAGUAAAUACUGGAUAACAAACAUUCGAGGCCUUCUAAAAUCUGUAAAACGUGAGUGUCAGCAUUGUAAAAAUAUGGGAGCGACUCCAAAGACUCCGUUAAUGGGACAAAUCCCAGAAGAUCGCUUAACACCGUAUAUUAGACCGUUUUCGUACACCGGCCUUGACUACUUUGGGCCGAUAAUGGUAUCUAUAGGUCGGCGUCGUGAAAAGAGAUGGGUGGCUCUAUUUACUUGCUUGACAAUACGAGCAAUUCAUCUGGAAGUAGCACGAGACUUAUCAACUGACGCCGUUAUUCUGUGCUUAAGGAACUUUGUCAAUCGCAGAGGAAUACCAGUUCGCCUACGCAGUGACAGGGGUACGAACUUCGUGGGGGCAAGCAAAGUCGAAUGGAUUUGUCUUAAAAAUGAUUUGGAAGCGGAGUGUACUCGUCGUGGAAUCGAGUGGGUAUUUAACUCACCAGCAAAUCCAUCAGCGGGUGGGGCGUGGGAACGUAUGGUUCGCAGUGUAAAAAGAGUCUUGUCAUUCACAUUGAAGGAAGCGGCACCGCAAAUAGAAACUCUGCAAAGUUUGCUUAUUGAAGCGGAGAAUUUAAUUAACUCCAGGCCACUUACGCAUAUACCAAUUGAAAGUGUUGAUUCCGACCCGUUGACCCCUAACCAUUUUAUUUUAGGGUGUCCUAACUAUAUUCAAACGUCAGAUUGCUCUAAGGCGGUAUGCUUACGAAAACAGUGGCGAGUCGUUCAGCAAUNUAUCUGA